UCAAUAGACGUUGGCCGCGUGCAAAGUUUGGAGAUGAGGGUCUGUGUGCUUAAGACUUGAUUAUCUGUGGGAUUAAUAUGUUGUAGAAUUGCAUGGAAUCUAUCAACUAAAUUAUUUUUGUCUGUGGAUUUAAACUUCGUUGAUUUUAUUUUGUUUAGAAUACUAUACAAAAAUGACUCGUUAUUCAAGAAAGAAGACGAACCGAGGGAAAAAUCCCAUUACGAGAAAAUGUAAAACUAGAAAAAGGACCAAAGACUUGGAUGAAAUAUCUGAACAUAUGAAGAUUGAAAAUGCCAGCAAGUUAUUAAAUCAAGAAGAAGAUUAUGAUCUUCCUGGAAGUGGACAGUUCUACUGUCUGCACUGUGCGCGGUACUUCAUUGAUGACCAUGCUCUAAAAGAACAUUUCAGGAGUAAAGUACACAAACGUCGGUUAAAAGCUUUAGAAGAAGAACCUUAUAGUCAGCGGGAAGCUGAAGCAGCUGCAGGAAUGGGCUGCUAUGUUCCUCCUAAACGUCGUAAAGUUCAAACCCAGCCACAACCAGAUGCUAACUUAGAGGAAGGAAAGGAAUCCAUGAUUGAAUCAAUUCAAGACUCUUAAAUGAUUUAAAAGAACAACAAAAAAUGGAAGUUAUAUGUUGUGAAAAAAAAAACAGUCACUAUGAAUAAGAUGUGUAAAGAUGCAUACCUUUACUCUCUGUACAGACAUCAAUAAAUAUUUUAUUUGAC